AAGUAGUAAAGGAAAAGGGCAAAAAAGACCUCAUAAAUACGUAAAUAUUAAAACAUUCUUGGAUAUAAUACGAUAAACGAAACAAAGACACUUCAGCAACACAUGACUCUUGGCUAAUAUGAAUAUUUGACUUAAAAAUGGUUUAUUCACUUACUUUCUUGUGGCAGUGCGCGAAGUUUUGUAAUAUUUCAUCCUAAUACCAGGGAAAAAACUUAGUGAUAUUAUCAAACAUAACAGAGAUGGUGAAAAUCUGAAGACACUGAUAUAAUCUGAGUAAAGGAACAAGCAGAGUGUUGCAUCGACAGGUGUGUGUUAGAAAAGUGUUGUAAGCUAAGUGGCCGUAGUGAAGCAACUCUUCAAGAUUGACACUUAACUCCUUGGAAGGAGUCUGGAAGAUGGACACCCCACUGGGCUUCACACUCCUCACCCUCCUGUUGCUGACGCCUCAAGGUCUGUCCAAAGGCUACAACGACAAGUACAGCUACAACUACGAGGGGGAAACCUACUACGACUACGAUGAACGGGAAGAAGAGCUGCCAAGCUUCCUGGCUCGCCCUCAGACUUUUACUGUGGAGGUGGGGCAAUCAGUCAUCAUCCCCUGUGAUGUGGAGAAUGCUGGUACGAAUAAGCUCAUCAUCAAGAAAAUUUCUUCCAACGGCGGGAAGGAAAAAUUGGUGUCGGUUGGGCUUCAAAGGGUGAUCCGGGACCGUCGCAUCACCGUGGAUGGGUCCCGUCUCAACAUUUCCCCGGUCCGUCCACGCGACGCCGGUAUCUUCCUCUGCAUGUUCGAAAUGGAUCCGCCCAUACAGCUGGAACACACCCUGAAUGUACAGUUUGCGCCCACCAUCAGGUCCCUGGCUCCCCCAGAGCAACACGUAGCCAAAGGCAAAACUGUUAUCCUGAAGUGCAAAGCACAGGGUAAUCCAGAGCCCACUAUCAGAUGGUCCCGUCAGGAAGGUCCCCUUCCCUCAGGCCUACGCACCGAAGAGGGAGACAGUCUGACGCUGGAGGGUGUAGACCGUCACGUAGAGGGCACCUACCUCUGCACCGCCGACAAUGGCAUCGGAGAGUCAGCCUCAGCCGCCAUGUCCAUCACCGUGGAGUAUCCUCCGGAAAUUACCACGGAGAAGGCGAUCGUGCGGACAGGAGAGGGAGACAACGUAGAACUAGUGUGUCUGGUGCGGGGACGUCCAGCCCCUGAUGUGACUUGGACCAGAGAUGGACACCCACUUCCGGACACCGACAUGGACACCAAGUUACAUUUACCAGGACGUCAGAACGAUUCCUACGACUCUUACAACACCCACUUGAGUCUCACUCACGCCGCUCACCGCCAUAUCCUCACCAUCAAGAACGUCUCCGAUAAGGAUUUCGGCGCUUAUGUCUGCAUUGCCAAGAACAGCCAGGGUGAAAAAAAUGCUAUUAUACAGAUGACAGGAUUGCCUAAGCCACCGCAUGUGACAAGCAGCCCCAAUGGUGGUGAGAGUACCAUGUACACGCUCACCUGGGAUACUGAGAGUUACUACCCCAUCACUGAGUUCCUCAUCAAAUACCGCAAGACACACCUGGGAGGCUGGCAGGCCAAUCGCACUAUGGUGAUGGCCGGGUCGUGGGAAAAUGUAUCUAGGGUCGUGGACUCCGAGAAAGUGAACGAGGACACCCAACAUUCUAUGGCCUUCACACUGACGGGGCUGGAGGUUGCGACGGACUACGUGGCCGUCAUCAGGGUCAGGAACAAGUACGGCUGGUCGGCCGAGUCGCAACACUUCUCCUUCUCCACAAAGAAAGCCAUGGCGGUCCUACAGUCUACCAGUGGGACGAGAUGUCAGUGUGCUACUUCCUCCCUCCUCAUCAUCAUGCUCUUCCUCGCUAGUCUCUAGAAAGCAGUCACGUUGGCAUAACAGCAAGUUUCCACUGGCAUCCAGCAAAAGCCGCGCCUAGUAACGUAGCACCAAACGUGGCUCAUGUAAAUGCCUUCUCGGACUAACGCAUAAUUAAGAGUUCAUCGCAAACCUAUCUUCUUGAGGUUGUUUAUUCGGAAAUGAAAUGUGAUUUUAAAAGUAAAGUAAUAUGGAUGCAGGUCCAGUAACUUUGAUGGAAACGUGUGUGUGUGUGUGUGUGUGUGUGUGUGUGUGUGUGUGUGUGUGUGUGUGUGUGUGGUGUGUGUGUGUGUGUGUGUGUGUGUGUGUGUGUGUGUGUGUGUGCGUGUGUGUGUGUGUGCGUGCGUGUGUUGGUGCCAUCCCAGAGACCCACCAGUCCACUGUACAUUACGCUGCGUGUAGUACCUUCAUUAUUGUUUCCUUUGGUGUUCUGAACUAUUAUAGAAUUACCUUUACAAUUAGACGUAGCAUGAAACAAUAGUGUGAUUUUGCAUUCUUCCAAA